AGUCGAGUAAACCAUUGCCCACAGCAGACUACUUGGCAUUAUAGACGGCUGGCGGUGGAGUCAGUGGGAGCCUGUUUGCAGAAUUGACUGUUCAGUUUUCUUGACAACACCACAUUCGGAUCAACUUGGUGGAGAAAAGUUGUGAGCCUUAUUGGCGUCUUGUCUUACAAGAAAAACAAAGUGAUAUUGACAACUCUUGGAGCCUUUAUUUGAACACCAUCUUAAGCAUAUUUGAAGUGUCAUUACAGUCUUGAGGAAGUACCUAACCAAGUGUGGCCUGAGACAACAUGGCAAAGAAAAACCAGAAGGACACAUCGGGUGUGGUAUUUGACACUCGGUCAAACAUGGCCAUGUCCCAGGGAGGAACAACUGAGAGGAUGAAGGAGAAGAUCAGUGCCGUCAGGGCUGUGGUGCCCAACAAAAGUAACAAUGAGAUUGUACUGGUUUUGCAGCAUUUUGAGAACUGUGUUGACAAGGCCGUUCAAGCGUUCUUAGAAGGCAGUGCAGUUGAGAUCCUGAAGGAGUGGAAUGUUACCGGCAAAAAGAAGCCAAGAAGAAAAAGAAAGCCCAAGCCUCAGCCAGAGGCUUCAGCAGAGCCUGCUCCACCUGAGGCCACACCACUUGACGAGGGCAAGGACGAGGUGAACGGCUUUCAUAACAACGGAUCAGUCAUGGAUGGAGAGUCGCUUGAUUCUCUAAGUGAACAGUUGGACUCUGCCUCCCUGGAUGCAGCUGAGCUGGACUCUGAACCCGCUACAUCCGAAACCACCGGUGCAGAAGCAGAAAGUCAAAGUAGCGCGCCAAGCCCCCCCUUAAAGCAAGGAGGGAGGAAUCACCAGGGUCCUAGAGGCAACAGAAACCGACACAGGCUAGACACAAAUUCCAAUCCAACCACUUCCUCAUUUCCACCAACCACUGAUGAGCAAGGAUCAUCGGGAGUCAAGAAGAUGGCUCCCAACAUUGACCGCUCUGUGAAGGACCUGCAGAGAUGCACCGCAUCACUGACUCGCUACAGGAUAGUGGUGAAGGAGGAGAUGGACUCCUCAAUCAAGAAGAUGAAGCAGACGUUUGCUGAGCUCCUGAGCUGUUUAAUGGAUAGAGAAGUGACUCUAAUGGGAGAAAUGGACAAAGUGAAAGCAGAGGCCAUGUCAAUUUUGAACGCCCGGCAGAAAAAAGCGGAGGAGCUCAGAAGGUUGACGGACCAGUCGGCAUCCAUGUCUGAGGAGCAGUUAACUGAACUGCGUGCAGACAUCAAGCACUUUGUGAGCGAGCGUAAAUAUGAUGAAGACCUCGGGAGAGCUGUGAGAUUUACGUUUGAUCUUGAACCGCUGAAGACCAGCAUCUCCGGGUUCGGAUCAGUUUACCAUCCGCGUACAAGUUACUCAAAUCGGUCCCGUUGUAGCUCCACGUCCUCUUCUGUCGCCGGCCCAAGCCUGCUGGAAACUCCUCCUCCCACCCAGACCCAAAGCCCGCCAAGUGAAAACCGCCCUCCACCAAACAAACAGAUUUUCCAGGGCAACAGGCGUACUUUCCAGGGACAAGGGUAUUACUCGGGCGGUCAGAGGUAUAACGGCGGUUCCUACAAUGAGAGAAACGUUGGUCGUGCUAACCACCGCUACCAGAGUGACGGUGGUCCUUCUGGUCCUUCCCAGCACUCGCACAGCUCAAGAGGUCCCCACCAUUCCUCUACCACCUCCAACAACCAAGACCGACCCUCUAAUAACGGGCUGCCCCAAAGGCCUCCGCGGACGCACUGCCCUUGACAUUGGAAAUCCUGUGCUUAAUCAAACCCACCUACUAACCCUUGCACUCCCCUUCCCAUGACCUCCCCAUACCCUCAACAGUCUCCCCUCUACUAACUCCUUUCAAUGAAGAAUAGAAUACAAGUUUACAUAUUUCCGUCAGUUAAGCUGUAAUGCCACCUCUCUAAAAUCUAUCCAUUCAUCCUUCUCACUGUUCUAUAUUCAUACUUCCUUUUGCAUUCCUCCCUUUCUGGUUAUGGUAACACUUUCUAUCUUUAGCCCUCUCUGAGAGAUCUCAUUGCUAUGCUAUUGUCAGUCUCUGUCACAGAACUUUUUUGCAGGUAAGCUAUCUGCCAGAGACUGACGUGAUUACAUGCAACAAUUUGUGCACUAUUGAAGUUAAACUCGUAGUACUAUUUCUGUUUUUGCAUUGCUUAUGUCAGCUCACUGAUUUGCACCUCUUUUCUUGUGUUGUCACCCAGAAUCAUUUCAAUGCCUUCACAAUGGAAAGUGUAGUGAAAGUGCAAAAGUAGUUCUAGCAGUAACAGAUCUAGUAGACAUGCAAUCGACACUACAGACUAUUUUUAAUCUUUACAAGGGAAGAAGAAUUCAACCCAUCAAACUGCUAUCCAGAGCUUUUUGUAUGGCUGCUAUAAACCAUAGGGAACUUGUUAACACUAGGACGUCAAUGUGUUUGAGAGUAACUCUGAACACAAAGGGGGCCCUCUGAAAGCAAUAGUUUGACAUUUGAGAAAUGACUCAUUUGAUUUCUUGCCAAGAGUUUGAUUUAAAAAGAUGGAUAGCAGUUUCGUAUUUGAAGACUAAUUUGAAACCGUCACCAGCGCACAGUGAGCUUAGCACAAAAGCAGCUGGAAACGACAGGCCUAAUGUCACACAAUCCAAAUUUGCUUAUUUUGUACAAUAACUUCAGUGUAAAAAUGUAGUUCUGGUUUAUGUGCCAGGCAGAGAAAAGCUAGCUGUUGCCGUACUGACAUGAGGGUGGGAUCAAACUUAUCAUCCAACUCUCUGCAAGAAAAUGAAUAUGCACAUUUCCCAAAAAAAAUAGUUUUUCCUUUUUUAAAUACUGGCUAAGAUGGCAAUGUAUCGCCCUCCCAUUGGCCAACAGGGUUAUUGUGUGUGCUGUUGUUGGCUUGCUGUCUUAUUUUGUAACGAGAGCUCAUUACCUAUUGAUGACGAAUAUCACAACAAAGGAAACUGUUCACUUGCCGUUCUAUAUUUAGUCCUUGACAUUUCAGAUGAAUUUUCUUCCACGCGCACCGUUUCUUCUUCUUGUUCUAUGCACUUGGAUGGCAUAUUAAUGACACGCUUGCCUUUAGUCACAGAGAGACUUCACGUUUGCCUUUCUAGAGAUGGUACUUGUAGAGCGGGCGUGCGGUCUAUAAAUAUAUGCGUGAGAAUAAGAUGAUCUUCCCCUUUUUUUAUAUUUUCACUUUAUCCCCUAUGUGAACAUAGAAACUGAUCAAACUGAUGAGUGCAUUGGAAGGUUGUAUUGACUUCACUUCUUUUUUCUUUUCUUUCUAUGGCUGCCAAGAUGCUUUGAGGCUGUUUGUUGAGGUGAAGUCUCAUCGUAGUGGCCACAGCUGGUGAAUACCUCAAUGCUGAUGUUUUGACACGGCCUGUUUUCAGUUAGUUUUUUCUCGCAGUGGGCUCUUAUUCAAGGGACAGGGACCCCUGGUGAGCUCUCACCUCUUAUCAUCUUGUAGUUGUGUACAUGCAGUAUGUGGAGCUGCAAGGCUGUAGUCUAAGACUGGUUGCUGCAUUUACUUCAUGUGUCGUCUUCCUUCGAGCAGUCUUUUGGAAGAAAAUUGUUUCUCCCCCCCCCCCCUUUUUUUUUUAAGUUGCUUUGUGGUUUUCUGAUCAAAGGGAGAUUUUUCUUCAUAUUUGAGAUUACUUUUUUACUUUAGUAAUUAUGCGGGUUAAUGUUGUGGCAUUAACUUUGUUUUUCGGUCUUUGGUAAAUAUGUGCUGUAAUGACAUACAUAUGUUUUGACUAAAAGCAAAAGUAUAUUUUGUGAUAUACACUCAGUUCCUUUAGUAGUGAGCCAAUUCGACUAGAAAACUUACUUCGACAAGCAAAAAAAACUUUUCUUAAUAUGCUUUCAGAGGUGAUGAAGACUUUUAUUGACUGGUGUUUUGGGGGCUGCAGUUUGAAUUGAAAGCUGUAGGACAGAUAAACACAUCAGCUUUUAUUCCACAUAUCUCCAGUGUGCCCUGGAGGUGCUGGAUUCGUUCAAUCAAGACUCACAGAGAGUAGAGUUAGUCUGCCUCACUUUAUCCACUUUUCUUUUGUUUUACAUUCCAAACUGUAGUAAUAUUAGGUUUUCGCCAAAGAUAAUUAUGUCCUGUUUUAAAGUUGCUGCCUUUUUUGUUUUCCCCCUCAGCCUGUCAAGAAUUCCAAAGGGAUGAAUCACGUUUUCUUCUUUCUUCUUGAUCCCACCCUACUUUAUUUUCUGAUUCCUUACCGUAUAUACAUUUAUGUAGCUAUAUAAUGUUGUGCUCACAUGGGGCAUUUUGUAUACGAUAUUCAUCGUAGGCAUAAUGGAGGUUAAACAUCUAGUUCAUUCAUUCUUUCAGUAGACCAUGUGUCCUCCUCCAGACAACUUUUCUGAGACAACUGUAAACUCAAGUGCCUUUUCCUUGUCUCCCACCAAUUCAUUGACAUCUCCUCCACCAGAGUAUGGACCAAAGACAUCGACUGUCCCGACCCCUCCCCCCCCGUCCUCUCUUUCUCCCCACUCACUGAAUGAAUUGCACACUUUUCAUUUACUACGAAUAAACAGUUUGCAAUACUGA